ACCAACUGCCUUUGCCUUCGUCUUCGUUUUCGUCUUCUCCAUAGGCUCGUGAGAGAGAGUUUCUAAAGCUUUAAAACCCAUCACUUACAUUGCCCAAAAAGAAGAAGAAGAAAAGCUUGGAAGAGCAGCUGCUUAGAGAGUAUCAUCACUGGCUUAAUUAAAGCCUAAGAUUUAGAUUAAUUUCAUAUCUUAAUAAUAAUAAUAAUAAUAAUAAUAAUAAUAAUAAUACCCUUAAACUCAGCUCUCUCAAAUCAUGCCAAUUUCUUUGACAUUUUUUCAUACGUUUUCUUUCCUUUCAUUGCUUCCUUUUUUUCCUUCUCAUUACCAAUGCUCAAACCUUAUCUUACUCUAUCAUUUCUCUUAAUACACUUCUUCUUCUUUCAUAUAUUGCUCUCUUUAAUACCACUUUUAUGGAGUACGGUAGCGUUGGAGGAGGAAGUGGCGGUGGUGGUAGUGCUUCCGGUGGUGACCAUGACCCCUCCGAUCCCCAGAGGAGGAAGAAGCGUUAUCACCGUCACACUGCUAAUCAAAUUCAGAAUCUUGAAGCGAUGUUCAAGGAAUGCCCUCACCCAGAUGAGAAGCAGAGGUUACAGUUAAGCAGAGAGUUGGGUUUGGCACCUCGCCAAAUCAAGUUUUGGUUUCAAAACAGGAGAACCCAGAUGAAGGCCCAACACGAAAGAGCCGAUAACUGUGCACUUCGAGCUGAGAACGAUAAGAUACGAUGUGAAAAUAUAGCCAUUAGAGAGGCUCUCAAGAAUGUUAUCUGCCCCUCCUGCGGUGGUCCUCCUGUUACUGAAGAUUCCUUUUUCGAUGAACACAAGUUACGAAUGGAGAAUGCCCAUUUGAAAGAGGAGCUUGAUAGAGUUUCCAGCAUUGCUGCCAAAUACAUUGGAAGGCCAAUUUCACACCUUCCUCCAGUCCAGCCUAUUCACUUUUCUUCUCUGGAUUUGUCCAUGGGGAGUUUUGGUGGUCCUUCUCUUGAUCUUGAUCUUAUACCAUCUACUUCGAAUUUGCCAUUUCACCCACUUGGUAUUUCAGACAUGGACAAGUCCCUCAUGACUGACAUUGCAGCAAAUGCCAUGGAUGAAUUGCUAAGGCUUUUGCAGACUGAUGAACCUUUGUGGAUUAAGUCACCCACGGAUGGCAGGGAUGUUCUUCAUCUUGAUACUUACCAAACCAUUUUUCCCAGGUCUAUUUCUCGCUUGAAGAAUCCAAAUGUUCGAAUUGAGACAUCCAGAGAUUCAGGUGUUGUCAUCACGAAUAGUUUAGCCUUGGUGGACAUGUUUAUGGAUGCAAACAAGUGGGUCGAGCUAUUUCCUACCAUUGUCUCUGUGGCAAAGACCCUUGAAGUAAUUUCUUCUGGAAUGCUAGGCAGUCACGGUGGUUCUUUGCAACUGAUGUAUGAAGAGUUGCAGGUUCUGUCACCACUGGUGCCAACUCGAGAAUUCUAUAUCCUACGUUAUUGCCAGCAAAUUGAGCAAGGCUUAUGGGCAAUUGUUAAUGUUUCAUAUGAUAUUCCACAAUUUGCUUCUCAAUGUCAAUCUCGUAGGCUUCCUUCUGGAUGCAUGAUUCAGGAUAUGCCCAAUGGAUACUCCAAGGUUACUUGGGUAGAAAAUGUAGAGAUAGAAGACAAAACCCCAACUCAUAGGUUCUACAGAGACCUUGUUCACAGUGGAAUGGCCUUUGGAGCUGAACGGUGGCUCGCUACUCUGCAAAGAUUGUGUGAAAGAUUUGCAUGUCUAACGGUGUCAGGCACUUCAACUCCGGAUCUUGGUGGAGUAAUUCCAUCACCUGAUGGUAAGAGAAGCAUGAUGAAACUUGCUCAAAGAAUGGUGAACAGUUUCUGUGCUAGCAUCAGCACAUCUAACAGCCAUCGAUGGACCACUGUUUCUGGUUCGAAUGAGGUUGGAGUUCGAGUUCAUAAGAGCACAGAUCCUGGGCAACCCAAUGGUGUAGUUCUUAAUGCAGCCACUACCUUUUGGCUUCCAGUUUCUCCACAAAAUGUCUUCAAUUUCUUCAAGGAUGAAAGAACUCGACCUCAGUGGGAUGUUCUCUCUAGUGGCAAUGCAGUGCAAGAGGUUGCUCAUAUUGCUAAUGGCUCACAUCCUGGGAACUGCAUAUCAGUUCUGCGAGCAUUCAACACAGGUCAGAACAAUAUGUUAAUUCUGCAAGAGAGCUGCAUGGAUGAAUCGGGUUCGCUUGUAGUAUACUGCCCAGUUGAUCUUCCAGCGAUCAACAUAGUAAUGAGUGGAGAGGACCCUUCUUACAUUCCCUUGUUGCCAUCAGGAUUCACAAUUUCACCAGAUGGUCGUCCAGAUAAUGGAAAUGGAGCUUCUUCCAGCUCUAGCACACACGCAAGUAUGGGUAGGUCAAGUGGUUCACUAAUAACAGUAUCAUUUCAAAUACUAGUGAGCAGUUUGCCAUCUGCAAAACUAAAUCUUGAAUCAGUAACCACGGUUAAUAACCUUAUCGGCACCACUGUCCAGCAAAUUAAGGCUGCCAUGAACUGCCCUUCUAGUUCCUGUUGAUCUCUGAUUCUGCAGCAAUUGCAAUACAAAUGUUUCUUCUCUUCCCUCUCUACCAUCUUUAACUAUGGAGAUAGAGAGAUAUUUUUAGAGCCUAUAUUUAAGCAAAAGAGGUAUUCAAUGUGAGAAAAGUACUGGAAAGGUUAGUUGAGGCCUUGAAUGCCCUCUCAUCAACAAUAGAAGAUGGUUAUUUACUGCAAGCUGCUUGGGCUGUUUUCUUCUGCCAUACUUCAGUCUACACCCACUAGAUUUAAUUUAAUUUAAUUUAAUAUUUAUUUUAUUUUUGGGUUUUUAUUUUUAAAAUUGGGAAGCAUAGUAUCAUUUAAAGUGGGAGUCAAGAACGCACCAUUCAUCUCUUUCCUGCUGCCGGAGGGUCUUGUUUAGUUUUUGGUUAAUCUCUCUUCGCUGACUCUAUAGAAGAGCAAGAAAAAUGUGUGGUUCGGGUAUUGACUUCCGUGCAUUUACAUUUAUUUAGCAAUCAAUGAUUUUAUUUUAUUUUUAUUUUCACUGCUUCCUGUAAUAAAACUCUCUCUUGAGUGGAUUGAAGUGUGUGAAUGAAGACAGCAGCCAGGAGUUGAAAUUCA